GGGUUUUUUGUAUGUCGUGCUCGCAAAAUCCCAAAAGAAACAAGCAACAUCUCUGUGUCUUAUCUAAAGCAUCUUUUCUUCUCCGCCUCACCUUGCUUCUUCUCUUGUUUCUUGUUAUCACUGUGCUGAUACGGAAUCCCAGAAUUCGGGACACGGGUUUUGGAAUACUAAUUUCUCUUUUAGGAUGAAGAGUAUUAGAGAUUGGGUUUUUACUCGAUUAUUGUCUUCUUCUAGAUCGUUGUCAGGCAGUGGCAGUUUCUUCUCCGAGGGACCUGCGGAUGAAGAUUCUAAUGCCCCAGCUCACUUGGCUUUUUCAGAGGUUGCUCCAGUACUUCCGGAUACAUCAUACUUUUCUGGUAACACUGAGGGGAAUGAACCUCAUCCCUCUCUUCCAGGAGAUUUGAACCGAUCUAAUAAUGUCAAUGAUUGUGAAAAGGCGGAUUCAUUGGCAAAGAUUGAGGAUCUUGAAGUUAAGUUUUUUCGGCUUCUUCGGCGGUUAGGGCACUCAUCUGACAAUCUUUUGGUGGCAAAGGUUUUGUAUAGGAUACAUCUAGCAACAUCAAUACGGGGCAGGGAAUCAGAUCUAAAAAGAGCCAGAAAGAUAGCAGCAGAACAAGAGGCAAUUGACAAACCUAAAUUAAAUUUCUCCAUAAGAAUUCUUGUCCUGGGGAAAACAGGUGUUGGGAAGAGUGCAACAAUCAAUUCUAUAUUUGAUCAAAGAAAGACAACAACUGAUGCAUUUGAAGCAGCCACUAAGCACAUCCAAGAGAUUGUUGGUACUGUCAGUGGAGUCAAAGUAACUUUUAUUGACACCCCUGGCUUUUUACCUGCAUCUGCAAAUAAUGUAAGAAGAAAUAGAAAGAUCAUGCUCUCCGUGAAGAGAUUCAUUAGAAAAUCCCCACCUGAUAUUGUUCUUUUUUGUGAGCGGCUUGACCUUGUCAACAUGGGUUAUAGUGAUUUUCCUCUUGUGAAGCUAAUGACUGAAGUCCUUGGUAGUGCAAUUUGGUUUAAUACCAUCCUUGUCAUGACUCAUGCUUCUUCAAUGCUUCCUGAAGGACCAAAUGGAUUUUCGGUCAACUAUGAAUCAUAUGUGACCAAAUGCACAGAUUUGAUGCAACAGUUUAUACACCAGGCAGUCUUGGACAGAAAACUGGAAAACCCAGUACUUUUAGUAGAGAAUCAUCCUCAGUGUAAAAAAAAUUUUGCGGGGGAAAAUAUUCUUCCCAAUGGACAAGCUUGGAAAUCUCAAUUCUUAUUGUUAUGCAUAUGUACCAAAAUUCUUGGUGAUGUUAGUAAGCUCUUGGAAUUUCAAGGCAGCAUUGAGCUGGGGUCAUCUAGCCCCCGGGUGCCUUCGCUGCCACAUCUCCUUUCAUCACUCCUGCGGCACCAUGUAUCGAACCCAAAUGAAGUGGAUGAUGAUGUUUAUGAGAUUUUACUUUCGGAUGCAGAAGAAGAAGAUGAAUAUGAUCAAUUACCUCCAAUCCGAAUCCUGACAAAAUCUCAAUUUGAGAGGUUGACUAAAUCGCAGAAAAGAGACUACCUCGAUGAGCUGGAUUACCGGGAGACUCUUUAUUUAAAGAAACAGUUGAAGGAAGAUGCUCGGAGCAAGAGGGAGAAGAAGCUUGCAGAGGCAGAAAGAUUGGGCGAGGAUAACUCUGAUGACCAGCAGACACCUACAGAAGCUGUCCUGUUACCGGAUAUGGCAGUACCUCCAACUUUUGACUCAGAUUGUCCUGUACACAGAUAUCGUUGCCUUGCUACAAGUGACCAAUGGCUCAUGAGACCUGUUCUUGAUCCUCGAGGAUGGGAUCAUGAUGUGGGCUUUGAUGGUAUAAACUUGGAAACGGCUGUAGAAAUAAAAAGGAAUAUUUCUGCCUCAAUUGCAGGGCAGAUGUGCAAGGACAAGCAGAAUUUCAGUAUUCAGUCUGAAUGUGCUGCUGCUUACACAGAUCCUAGGGGGCCUACUUAUUCUGUGGGUUUUGAUGUUCAAUCUGCUGGUAAAGAUAUUAUCUAUACAGUUCAUGGCAACACAAAGCUGGCGACUCUCAAGCACAAUAAUGCCGACUGUGCAGUGUCAUUGACAUCUUUUGGGAAGAAGUAUUAUGUUGGUGCCAAGAUUGAAGAUAAUAUAUUGAUUGGGAAGAGACUGAAGUUUGUAAUGAAUGCUGGCCAAAUGAGGGGUCGUGGGCAAGUGGCAUAUGGUGGGACUUUUGAAGCAACAUUAAGAGGGCAAGACUUCCCUGUUAGGAAUGAUAUUAUCAGUCUAUCUUUGACGGCUCUGUCUUUUAAGAAGGAGAUGGUGUUGAGUGGAGGUUUUCAGUCUGAGUUUCGGCCAGUACGAAACAUGAGAGUGGCAGUUAAUGCCAAUUUAAAUAGCCAGAAAAUGGGGCAAGUUAGCAUAAAGAUGAGUAGCGCUGAGCAUAUUGAAAUUGCACUAGCGGCCAUUUUCUCAAUUUUCAGGGUCAUGUUAUAUAGGAAAGAGUCCAAAAAUGGAAGCAGAGAAACAUUGGAGAUGUAAUGAAUCUAUGUUGGCCCUUUUGGUGAUGGAUUUUCUUGGUUCGGAGAGGAAAAAAUAACAGAAAGCAAUUUAUAAGCAGAGCUAGGCUCUAGAAUGUUCAAAGAAUUUUGGUGUUUCUAAGGUUGUCCCCUUUUUGGCCGCAUAAUUUACUCAAUGUAUCUGGAGGAGCUAGAUAGUGAUGCUUUCUUUUUACUUUUUAAUGCAUACUUGGAGGAGGCUAGAUAGUGAUACUAUUUUUUUCUGUUUAAACUAGUGACAUAGACAUGUCUGGUUGACUUGUGUAACAAGCAACAGCUGUGAUAAUUGUACAGGAACACAGGGAAAAUCAAUUAUUCUAUGAUUCCUGGAAUAAAUCUCUUUUUGAUUGUUCAA